ACACUCGGGAUGGAAUACUGUCCCAUUUACUUAUGGAAGGUAGCAUGUGAGAACCUACGGGGAAUGUCUUUCCCGAACGGUGAGACGGAGAUACCGAUCAAGUAUCAUUACUCCCACAAAAAUGAUUGCGUACUACGUGUAGUCAGCACUGCUGGUGACUUUUCACCGAGCGCAGUAGAGUCGUUAUUUGUCUUCUCCCUAGUCUUAGUCCUCUUCACAAGGAUGAAUCCUGACGAAUCUACGAUAAAGGCUGGGUCAUUCGACGAGUCGAAGAAGUUUGACUCUGUGCGGAACUUAGACUCCAGUCCAUUGCAAGAGGAUCUGUACGAGGAAGGCUCGAUAGAUCCUGUUUAUCAAGCGAAGGCUCAUGUGUUGAAUCGAGCUAUCCAGGAGAUCGGGAUGAGGAAGUAUCAGUGGUAUUUGUUCAUCGUAGCCGGUUUUGGGUGGUUCGCCGACAGCGUCUGGCCCUUACUUGGCGGCCUAAUACUUGCUCCAGUCGUAUCUGAAUUCCAGUUUCAAGGUCCCUUCCUUUCACUUGCCCUCAACAUCGGACUGUUCGUCGGAGCUGUCUUUUGGGGCUUAGGAUGUGAUAUUUGGGGACGAAGGUGGUCAUUUAAUAUUACGCUUCUCAUAGCAGGUGCAUUUGGUCUCGCUGCCGGAGGCGCUCAGAAUUUCGUUGCCCUUGCAUCACUUCUCGCAGUUAUGGGCAUUGGCGUAGGCGGUAAUAUGCCUGUUGACUCUGCAGUCUUCUUAGACUUUGUACCCGGAACACACCAAUACCUCUUGACCAUACUGUCCAUAUGGUGGUCUCUUGGACAACUCUUCGUAAACCUAAUUGCUUGGCCGCUUAUUGCGAACUUUUCCUGCCCUCAAACCGCUGCCCCUGGAACAUGUACUCGUAGCGAGAACAUGGGUUGGCGUUACCUUCUGUUCACUUUGGGCGGCGUAACACUUUUCCUUUGGGCUCUCCGAUUCUUCAUGUUUAAACUCGAAGAAUCUCCGCGAUACCUCGUUGGUCGUGGUCAUGAUGAAGCUGCUGUUGGCCUAGUCAAAGCUGCCGAUGAAGCAAAGCAGAAGGCUGGAAUUGAGAGUCUCAACGAGAAGCCCAAAAUCUUGAGCCACAGCUCGAGUUAUAGUAUGGAUCACGUCAAAGCGUUGUUCGAGACUCGCAAAAUGGCUUGGUCUACUUCGCUCUUGAUUUCUCUGUGGGGUAUCAUCGGCCUUGCGUCCACGCUCUACAAUAAUUUCUUGCCCUUCCUCCUUGCCAGUCGAGGCGCCCAAUUUGGAGACAGCUCAUACUACAUUAGUUAUCGCAACCAAGUCAUCUUAAGCGUCAUCGGCGUUCCCGGAGCCUUCCUCGCAGGCUGGGCUGUGGAACAACCCUACAUCGGCCGGAAGGGUACUCUGGCAAUCUCGGCGGGCGAGUCAUGGCUCACUGGUGUCUUUCUCUUCGCGAGUACCACAGCAAGGAGCUCGAAUGCGCUCCUUGGCUGGAAUUGCGGGUAUGCCUUCCACAGUAAUAUCAUGUAUGGUGUGUUGUACGCUAUCUCUUCCGAGAUCUUCCCUGCCAAAGACCGAGGCACCGGCAAUGGUCUUACCGCUACCGCCACUCGUGUCUUCGGUAUUAUUGCCCCGGUUAUUGCAUUAUAUGCUGACCUAGCGACAGCCGUUCCCGUCUAUGUCUCAGGAGCGUUGAUCAUCGGUAGUGGCAUACUUGCGCUAUUGUUACCUUACGAACCUAGAGGCAAAGCCUCGAUAUGACUAAUUUCCGUGGUAAGGAUACACGUAUACUUCACUUCGAAUCCUUCAAUACCGCCUCCACAAGAGGUAGACAUAGACAUUGAGAUGUAGGGAACGUAUAUAAUGUCCCAAUAGAAUUGAUACGAUGCGAUAGCAAGACGACGAGAGCGCGAUACGGUACGGUACGAGUAUCCAAAGUGAGGGAAAGGUGUAAACAACGCGACAGAGAUCAGCGGUGAAGAAAUGUCUGUAAAAGUAAUCAAGAGUAACCUCCGGCUUCGCCAGCAUAAAGUCCAGAUUCAGGAAACCGACCAACAAAGUCACCCUAUUCUC